AUGCGCCUGAAGGCCACGUCAUUAUCUUGCGCCUUUGCGUGGGCCCCGCGCAGCCUUGGCAACCCAACGUUUCUCGCCGCGGCCUCACUGGCAGGGGCGAUGGACGACGACUUCAGCAACGAGGCCUUCUUGGAGAUUCGUCUCGUGGACGUCACGCAAACCGAUGAAAUUGAAAUGCCCGUGGUGGGUCGCACGCUUGUGCCGGAGCGGGCAUUUCGCGUCGACUGGUGCCCAGUUGGAGGGCCAGCCGGCAUGAUUGCCGUGGCGUGUUGCAACGGCGCGGUGUACGUGUACGACGCGAGCGUCAUGAUGAAGAAUCACCAGCUGGGCCCGAACUCCCACACGGAGAAUCCACUGCUGUGCGCCAUUUCUGAGCAUCGCGGGGCGGUGCGCGGGUGUCAGUUUAAUCCAUCGCAGCCCAACUUCCUCGCAAUCGGCGCCGACGACGGUGAGUGGGACGUGUGGACGCUGGAGGACCCGAGGGAACCGCAGCGCGUUCCCGUCAUGUCGAAUGCGGCACACACCGCCGCCAUCGUGCAACUUCAGUGGCACCCGAAGUACCCGCAUAUCAUUGCCACCGCCUCCUCAAACAGCAUUGUCAAUGUGUGGAACCUAAAGUCCCAGACCCUGGCGGUUUCGUUAAAUGUAUCAAAGGGAGGAAAGUCGGGGGCGAGCGCAAACGCUAUUGCGUGGCAUCCUGCGGUUGCAACACAGAUUGCCGUGGCACUUGACGAGAAGGAUCCUGUAAUUCAAAUAUGGGACUUGAAAAAGUCUAUGGUGCCCUUGCGUGAGAUGCGCGGCCACCAAGGCGCUGUCACAGGUUUGACGUGGAACUCCGAAGACGCAUCUAUGAUGGCGUCUUGCUCGGCUGACGGCAACACCAUGUGGUGGAAUCCUUCCACGGGGGAGCGAAGUGGCGCGCUGCAGCAGGAAAACAACUACGUCAUCGACGUUCAGUGGUCACCGGUACUCCCCGCCGUUUUGGCGACCUCCUCGUUUGAGCCGUUGCUAUGUGUGUCGACGGCCGAGGACGCUUCCGCCGCCGCCGCCGCGGGCGCACCGGUGCCGAGUUGGCUCAAGAGGCCAUGCGGGGCGUCGGUCAGCCUGGGCGGCCUUGUUGCCUCCCUUGCGCCCCACUCCUCGACGCGGGUGGGCCUCACCUAUGUCGUGGAGAAGUGCGCCUUGAGCCCAACGACCUCGCAGGACCUCGCAUUCCGCGAGGCGUUGAGGCAGUAUCCUCGUGGCUCGGAGGAACGGGUGAAAUGGUUGAAGGCGCAAAACUACAACCUCCUGGCGGCGGCGGCGGCGUGCAAAGACGACCGAACUCCCAUUCUCGCCUACCUCAAUGAGGAGGCCUCCUCCCACGACGAGGGCGAGGACCCGUUUGAAACCAUGCAGGCAUCGCAAAAAUCACUGGAAGAUAUUGCGGCUGCUCACAUUGCGGCGGGCCGCAUUCGCGAGGCGGUGGAGGUGUGCCUUGACAAUUGCCGUUUUGACGACGCCUUCGCGAUUGCCUACCUUCAGGGUGGAACCUUGUUGCAGCGCGUGCAGCAGGAGUACGCUCAGUAUACCCUGAAUCAGAGCCAUGACAAGCGACACGUGGUGUAUGCGGCGGCUAUAGCCUCGGGGGAUUUUGCCUCCUUAACAGCGACCGAAAAUGUCCCUUGGAGGGAGGCCCUCUCUGUGAUCAUCUCCUUUGUGGGCGACGGCUUUGCGGACGCGUGCGAUAAGUUGGGGGAGGCGCUGAAAAGUAAGGGUAACAGGGAAGGGGCCAUCACAUGUUUCGUCUGCAGCGGCAACGUGGAUGCCGUGCUGCAGCUCUGGCGCGAGGAGGACAGCUCCGUGCGGAAGAUGAUGCGUGAGGCUCUUCUUCUUGAGGAGGUCACGGGGCGACGUGUGACGUCGACGUUUUUUUCCGAUUGCCUCUACGAGUACGGCAUGAAGCUGGUGGGCGAUGGGAUGUUGUCGGAGGGGACGUCCGUGCUGCAGCGCGCGGCGAGUAUUGGCAACCGCGGCGCGGCAAUUAUGGUGGACCGCCUGAAGUUUCAAGUGCCUGUCGGAGAAGCUGUUUUUCCCUUCGCCGUGAUGCCGCUGUCGGACGCCCCGAGCCCAUCGUGUGCAGCCUUCAUGGCACAGCAGCAGCAGCAGCAACAACAACAACAACAGCAGCAACAGCCACCGCCGCCGCAUCUGCAACAACAACAACAGCAGCAGCAGCAACGAUUCCACAUGCCUGGUCAGCAGCAACAGCAGCAGCAACAACAACCUCAAAGGCCGGCGCAGCAACCGCCGAUGACUAUGCAGCAGCAACAGCAACAGCAACCACCCGUGCAGGCCCAAAACUUUUAUGUACAACAGCAACAACCACCGUUGCAGGGUAUGACGGCACCGCCUCGUUCAGCUGUGCCUACAAUGCCACCAGCCUUAAGCCAAGGUCCAGCCGGCACAGCGGCGACAACUCGGCUUAUGCCUCAUCCUAUUUCUUCGUAUUCUUCGAUGAAGCAAGCGGGUGCUGCGUCUUCCGGACCCUCACCGACGCCGGCGUCUGAGGGCUACAGCAAUGGUAUGAUGCCAUCGGUGCCACCUCGCCAGCAACCGUCGUUCGCAGCGCAGGGCGGCUACACUGCACCGCAGCAAAGCUACCUUGACCCUAAUAAGCCUUUGCCGCCACCACCAAUGCCGUCUGGUUCGCGAGGCUCUUCCAUGCCUGGGGCGCAGGCAACCGUAGGGCCGCCUCAACCUGCCGGCGCACAACAAAUGCGACAACCAAUGCCGUCUCAAGGAACUGGUACUGUGCUGCCGCCACCGCCGCACCCUGGCGCAUCGUUAGUUCCUUCCCAACAGGUUGGAGGAUUUGGCGGGCAUUCGCAGCCGAUUUCGGCUGGCGCUCCAAACGCCACCGCGUACCAUGCAGGAGUGAAGGAUAAUGCACAAGCCAAUAAUCCGAAUCCCCAAGGGGGUGUCCCGUCGCAUUACGGCAAUCCCUCCGCUCCUGGGAUGCCGGUAGCGCAGUCUACCACCCCCACACCCUCAGGGCUGGCGCCUCCACCAGCACGACCGAUGAUGCCGGCCCCCAGCAACUUAUCCUUUGGUGCGCCAACCAGAGAAGGCUCAAUGGGUAGCUCUUUGCCAACUUCUCAUGGCGUUGGGAAUGCGCCGCCUUAUAAGCCUUCCUUGCCGCCGCCACAAAACAUGGUGAUGCCUCAGAAUACUAUGCCCCGACCUCAGCCAGCUGCCUCGACAACGUCUUCCUAUGGCCCGCCAUCGCACGCAGCGAACUCUUUUAUCCCAUCUCCGCACGGCGGCGGCGCGUUUACUCCUGCGAUGGCCUCCCGUCCCCCAGGCGGUGCGCCGUUGGCUGCUGCCAGCGUCGCUGAUGAUGCCGACCUGUCGCGGUUUGACAUCUCCACACUCAACCCUGCGCACCAGGCACUCGCGCAGCGACUUUGCGUCGAUGUUCAGCAGGUUGGUAAUGCUCAACGUCGUUCGGUGAUUUCAAAGGCGGCAUUAGAGCUGUUUAAAUUGCUUCAGCGCGGUGCACUUCCACCGGAAGUAGUUUCUCUGGUUACUAAUUAUGUGAAUGCGAUGGGGACUCCUCACGCGAAGAAUGCUUGGCGACAGCUUUCCGAUGCUCACUUCGAUGUAGUACAGCCGUUUCUGAACCUCAAAUUUUUGUCGAGGAAUGACGGGGCCCCUAAUUAA